AGGAAAGUACCAUGUUUCAUGUUCUAUAAGUAGCUCGGAUCCCUUCUAUGAAACUCGUCAAUUAAGUGGAAGCAAGAUAUUUAGAAUUUUCACACACAAUACUAGCCUUAUUAGCAUGAAGUCGAUUUUGGCCUUGUUUGCUGUUCUUGCCCUCCUCUUGAUUGCAAACACUUCACAUGCAAGGCCUGUUAGCGGAGAGUACUGGCAUGUUAUGAACGACGAGGCAAUGCCAAUGAUUCAAGACCUUGUGGAUAUAAGGAAUUCUGCUGAUUUCGUUCUCUCUGAAAGGAAGGGUGACACGAAAGUUACUGAGGAAAUUGUGUAUGAGAAGCUGACUGUGAAUGAGUCUGAUCCCAUACCAGAUACCACCAUGGCAUGGUAAUUCUCCAUUUGAAGGAAAGGAGUACUUGAUGUGCAUGGAUGAGCUAGUCUGGUGAACGAUUACCAGAUCUUACAAGCUUCUAUCAUGCAUGACAAAAGCAAUAUAUGUAAUAUAAGAAUAAGAUGCUCCCAUGUCUUUGUUUUCAUUUGUCUUCACCUAGCUAGUUAAGAAUGAAAGAUGUGUCUUUAAGUUUAGUUCUGGUUUGCUUGUAUUGAAUACGUAAUUAUCUCUAGGAUGUGUACGCACUGGUGCUGAAUAAAAUGUAUUACUUGUUUGGUUUA